AUGAGCGAACAUCUCUCUGUUCAGGGAAUUGACGACUCGGAACUCCCAGACGCUCUUCAGCGGCUUGACGAUACUCAACUUGACGGAACAAUUCAGCGCCUUGACAGCAAUCAGAUCCCUCGUGUCUUACUUGCCAUCAAGAGUAUGAACAACGAACAAGCUCAGCGCAUCGUGCAAAGACUUGACCCUUCAAAGGAUAACCGCGUACGAGACUUUGGUAUGAGGAAUCAUGUUUUGGGCACCAGCAUCGAGUCAGGCCCCGCAAAGAGAGGAUAUCCCACGUUCUGUGAAAAGUUUCCUCACAUGACGCAAACUGGACGCUUCGUCUGUGAUUGCGGUUGGCAUGACUGUGGUAAGGCAGUGGACAACAUCAUCGUCGACUAUUUCCAGAUGGUGCAGAGCGGUAUCCUCUGGUCGCAUGUUGAGGGUGCUCCGAAUGAGUACAUGUGUCGUGCAUGUGUGAAUGACCAACACGGAAGUUUCAACACGUAUGAUUUGGAUGGCUUUGAUGCUCAUCUUACUGACAAGCAUGUUGUCGCUACAUGUCAUCUAGGUGAUUCUAUCAAGAGCUCGUACUGACAGUAUUUGGGACGACGCCCAGGCUAUAGCUAUCACCCUUGAGCAUAUAUGUGCAGUAGUAGCUAGACUAGUCAGGUAGUUUCUGACAUGGCUGGGCAAUGUGGUGAUGGGAAGGUUUCGUCCAGCAUAUUAUCUAUCAUUCAUUACAUUUAGACCUGCUCUCUCUUGUAUGAGAACCCGCUGAGUGAGAAAUGAUUCAAUAAGUUAGGAGAUUCAAACUCGCUGAAAUGUGACAAUGACCUUUCGAGAGAGUAUUAGGUCGACAUAUUGCCUGGUCCGCUUGAUCUCAACAGUACAAAUAUAAAGCUCAG